UCGGUAUCUCUUUUCACCUAAAACCCAAAGACAGUGUGCAGCGGCUGCCAGAGACAGCAACCGGAACUAGGAGGCAACAGGUUCGGCCCCAGGGUUACAAGCCUUGUGUCUGGUUCAGUCCAAGUCAGAGAUGUUGCAACAUAUCGGUGGUAUGGAACACGACGAUCAAUCAAACAGUGACUUCUGCAACUCAAUCCUCGCACGGUAUAGUAACUCCACCGACCCCCAACACCACCACCUCUGUUCCAUCAUUGGUGACAUAUCUCAAGGUCUUAAAGACCUCAACCACCCUCUCACUCCCCUCGCCUAUUUCGGCGCCACCUGUACUUCUCUUGAUAAGCUUUUAUCUUCCGACCCCAACCCACCGUCUCACCAUAUUGAUGCUCUCGUCACUAUCAUCUCCAUGGUCCUCCCUUGUAUCACUUCUGCUGUUCUCAGGAAGGAAUCCGAGUAUGUUUCUGGUAUACUUACCCGUGUUAUUCUCUCCCAUGCUGUUGAUGAUAGUGUUGUAACUUCUGGCUUAAAAUGCAUUUCACAUUUGUUAGUCGUUGGUCAUCGGACAAGCUGGUCUGAUGUUUCUCAUUUAUUUGGAAUUCUUCUAGGAUUCAUCGCAGAUUCUCGUCUCAAGGUACGAAGGCAAGCACAUGUUUGUCUCCGUGAUACCAUGCAAGGCUUCAGAGAAACAUCAGUGCUCUCACCUGCAAGUGAAGCUAUUGCAAGCACCUUUGAGAGGUUUCUUCUUCUUGCUGGAGGAUCAAAUACUAACACGUCAGAAGGUUCCAGAGCUCAGGAGGUCCUAUAUGUUUUGGAUUCUCUAAAAGAUAGUCUUCCGCUUAUGUCUGUCAAGUUCUCAACGAAGAUUCUGAAUUACUUCAAAUCUCUUCUUGCACUGCACCAAUCUGCAGCUACCCGGCGCAUUACGGAUGCUUUGUAUUUACUUUGCCUCCAACCAACUGUUGAGGUCUCUCCUGAAGCGCUAAUAGAUUUGUUAUGCUCAUUAGCUAUCUCAGUAUCUUCAAAUGAGAUGUCUGGCGACAGCUUGACAUUCACUGCUCGACUGUUAGAUGUGGGGAUGAAGAAAGUAUUUUCUCUCAACCGGCAGACUUGUGUUAUCAAGCUUCCAGUUGUGUUCAGUGCAUUCAAAGAUAUUUUAGCUUCUGAACAUGAGGAGCCUUUGCUUGUUGCUAUGGAGGCAUUCAAGAGCUUAAUACAUGUGUGCAUUGAUGAGAACUUGAUCAAACAGGGUGUAGAUCAGAUUAUGACAAGUGGGGAUUUGAGAAAAUCUGGACCAACCAUUAUUGAGAAACUUUGUGCUAGUGUUGAAAGUUUACUUGAUUAUAGCUAUGCUGCAGUGUGGGACAUGUCAUUUCAAGUUGUGGCAGCAAUGUUUGAUAAACUAGGUGAGUUCAGCUCUUACUUCUUAAAAGGUACCCUCAAGAGCUUGGAAGACAUACAAAAGUUGCCAGAUGAAGAUUUUGCUUACAGGAAACAGUUGCAUGAUUGCAUGGGAAUUGCUCUGGUUGCAUUAGGGCCUGAAACAUUCUUAAGCUAUCUACCUCUGAAUGUAGAAGCUGAAGACCUCUCUGAUGCCAAUGUAUGGCUUUUCCCUAUUUUGAAGCAGAACAUAGUGGGUGCUCGUUUGAGCUUUUUCAAUGAAUCUCUACUGAAUACAGUUCGAGUCUUGAAGCUGAGAUCUGUGAAGCAUGAGCAAGAAGGACGAAUUCAUUCUGCCAGGAACAUUGAUGGUCUUGUAUAUUCUUUAUGGUCUUUGUUGCCUUCAUUUUGCAAUUAUCCUCUGGAUACUGCUGAAAGUUUCAAGGAUCUGGAAAAGUCAUUAUGUCGUUCACUUCGGGAAGAGUCUGAUUUCCGUGGAGUAAUAUGCUCCAGUCUCCAGAUUCUCGUUCGACAAAAUAAAAGGAUAGUCGAGGGCAAAAAUGAACCCACUGGUAAGGACGCCAGCAUUCGUGAACAACGGGCAAUUUCCCGCUACACUUCAGAAGUUGCAGCUUCUAAUUUGGAUGUGUUAAGGUCCUCUGCACGUGAAAUUUUAUCCACACUAUCAGGAAUUUUCAUCAAGUCUACCAAAGAUGAUGGUGGAUCUUUGCAGAGAACAAUUGGUGAGUUUGCAUCUAUAGCUGACAAAGGUGUAGUCUCGAGGUUUUUCAAAAGCACAAUGCAGAAGUUACUGAAGGUGACAGAGGAGGCUGGGAAAGUCCAAAAUACCAAAGGUUCCAGUUCUAUGGAAAUAGACAACUCAUCCAAUGAAACUUCGUUGUCAUUGACGAGUUACAGGGCACGGUUAUAUGACUUGGCAGUCUCACUUUUACCAGGCUUAGGUACAAAGGAGGUUGAUCUUUUGUUUGUUGCAAUAGAACCUGCAUUGAAGGAUGCUGAAAGUUCGAUUCAGAAGAAGGCUUACAAAGUUCUUUCAACAAUCCUCAAGCAUGCUGACGGUUUCAUAACAAGAAAGCUUGAAGAGUUACUCAAACUAAUGUUUGAAGUGAUGCAUUCAUGCCAUUUUUCAGCCAAGCGGCACAGACUUGAUUGUUUAUAUUUUCUGAUCGUCCAUGUCUCGAAGGAUGAAUCAGAACAGAUGAAGUGUGAGAUUAUUGCUUCUUUCUUGACUGAAAUUGUCCUUGGACUCAAAGAGGCUAACAAAAAAACAAGAAAUAGUGCAUAUGAAAUUAUUGUCCAAAUUGGUCAUGCCUGUGGGGAUGAAGAUAAGGGUGGAAACAAAGAGAACUUGCGUAACUUCUUCAACAUGGUGGCUGGAGGCCUUGCUGGUGAGACCCCUCACAUGAUCAGUGCGGCGGUGAAGGGCAUAGCUCGUCUGACUUAUGAGUUCAGUGAUCUUGUAUCCACUGCUUUCAAUGUUCUUCCAUCCUCAUUUCUCCUUCUCCAGAGAAAGAACAGAGAAAUAAUUAAAGCCAAUUUAGGUUUGCUAAAGGUAUUAGUUGCCAAGUCACAAGCUGAAGGGUUGCAAGCCCAUAUGAGGGGCAUGGUAGAGGCCCUGCUGAGCUGGCAAGGUAGCAACAAGAAUCAUUUCAAAGCAAAGGUGAAACUGCUCCUUGAAAUGCUUAUCAAGAAAUGUGGGAUUGAUGCUGUCAAGGAAGUGAUGCCUGAAGAGCAUAUGAAGCUGCUCACCAAUAUAAGAAAGACGAAGGAACGGAAUGAACGGAAACAUGCUGCUAACACCGAGGAGACCAAAUCUCGUCUGUCAAAAGCAACUACCUCCAGGCUAAGCAGAUGGAAUCAUACAAAAAUAUUCUCGGAUUUUGGUGAUGAAGAAACUGAUGAUGGCAAUUCAGAAUAUAUGGAUACAAAGACGGUUUCUGGUCGACAUAGCUUGCUCAACUCCAAAAAAUCUUCAUUCCGGUCUAAAAGAGCAGGAAAGAGCUUGCCAGAAGACACUUCUGACCAGUUAGAUGAUGAACCACUUGACUUGCUUGACCGUCAAAAGACAAGAUCAUCUCUUAGAUCAUCUGAGCAUCUAAAGAGGAAGCUACAGUCUGAUGAUGAGCCAGAAAUGGAUGAUGAUGGACGACUUAUAAUUAGGGAGGAUGGGAAAACGUUGAAAAGAGAGAUGCCCACUGGCCUCGACACCGAAAUGAGGAGUCUAGCAGGUAGUAAUACAUCGGUUAACUCAAGAAAAGCAGAAAAGCGGAGGAAAACGACAGAGUCAGGUUGGGCAUACACAGGUUCCGAAUACUCGAGCAAGAAGGCAGGUGGUGAUUUGAAGAGGAAGGGUAAGCUUGAGCCAUAUGCUUAUUGGCCACUGGAUCGCAAGAUGGUUAGCCGCAGACCAGAGCAUAGGGCAGCUGCAAGGAAGGGAAUGUCCAGUGUGGUAAAACUGUCAAAGAGGCUUGAGGGGAAGAGCGUCUCCAGUGCUUUAUCCAUCAACUUGAAAAGAGGCCAAAAGAAAAAAAGCCACAAGAAGAAACAUGGUUGAAGGAUGAUAUAUGUAUUAUUUUUGAAGCCAUCAUUUUGUGUAUUACUUUCAAAUGUAUACAAGAUAUUUAAUAUUAUAUAAAAGAUCUCAUUUGUUUGAAGGUUAAUAGGAGAUUAGAGCAGUUUGCUUGUGGCAGAUGCUUUUGGGUUUGUUUGUGGAUCCCGUUACAUGUGCUGUCUGGAUCUU